AUGACCUUAGUAUCCUCCAGUAAAAGAAAACCAUCGGAUUGCUUUUACGCGGCAGCAUUCUGCUUGCACCUUUUGCUCUGGGUUUCGUGCGCCGUGUCCGGAGAGAAGUAUCAUCACUUCAACGUUGAGGGAUGGCUACAGAGGUAUGGAUACCUUCCCCGCACAGAACCAGGAAUGUCUGUCCUGCGCUCGGCCCGCACCAUGCACUCAGCCAUCGCUGCCAUGCAGCACGUCUAUGGUCUCAAUGUCACAGGGACACUGGAUGAGAGAACCAAGGAUGAUAUCACGCUGAGUUGGAUGCAAAAGCCUCGCUGUGGUGUUCCAGACAAGAUCAAAAGUGCUUCGAGGUCACGGAAGCGGAGAUACGCGCUGACGGGACAGAAGUGGCAGCGUCCACACAUCACCUACAGCAUUAAAAAUGUCACGCCAAAGGUGGGCGCCAGGGAGACUCAUGAUGCUAUCCGGCGGGCGUUUGAUGUCUGGCAGGGUGUGACUCCUCUCCGCUUUGAGGCCGUUCCAUACAGCGCCCUGGAAACUGGCAGGCGCGACGUCGACAUCACCAUCAUCUUCGCUUCGGGUUUUCAUGGUGACAGCUCACCGUUUGACGGGGAGGGAGGAUUCCUCGCCCACGCCUAUUUCCCGGGCCCUGGCAUAGGAGGGGACACUCACUUCGACUCGGACGAGCCCUGGACCCUUGGGAACCCCAACCACGAUGGUAACGACCUGUUCCUGGUUGCGGUGCACGAGCUGGGCCACGCCCUCGGUCUGGAACACUCCAACGACCCCACUGCUAUCAUGGCUCCUUUCUACCAGUACAUGGACACAGAGAACUUCAAACUACCUCACGACGACCUACAGGGCAUCCAGAAAAUCUAUGGUCCACCAGACAGAGCACCGCAGCCGACCCGGCCCCCACCGACGGUCCCUCCCCCUCGCUUUCACCCUCCCUCAGACCCCCGUAAGCACGACCGCCACGCCAGACCCCAUCGCCCUCCACAGGGGGCCAAGCCCUCCAAUCCCAACUCCAAGCCCAACAUCUGUGAUGGAGGCUUCAAUACCCUGGCCAUCCUCCGACAGGAGCUUUUUGUGUUCAAGGACCAGUGGUUUUGGAGGGUACGGGAUAACUCUGUAGUUCCCGGCUACCCCAUGCAGAUCAACUACUUCUGGAAAGGCUUGCCUGCCAAAAUUGAUGCCGUGUAUGAAAACAGUGAGGGGAAGUUUGUCUUUUUCAAAGGAAACCGUUUCUGGGUCUUCAAGGACACAACUCUCCAGCCUUCGUACCCUCAGGACAUCUCGCUGUUCGGAAGCGGCAUGCCCACUCAGAGCAUCGAGACAGCUGUCUGGUGGGAAGAUGUCGCCAAAACCUACUUCUUCAAAGGAGACAGAUACUGGCGGUACAAUGAGGACAUGAGGACCAUGGAUCCAGGCUACCCAAAACCCAUCAACAUCUGGAAGGGCAUCCCUGACUCUCCCCAGGGGGCCUUUGUGGAUAAAGCCAACGGCUUUACCUACUUUUACAAGGGUAAGGAGUACUGGAAGUUCAACAACCAGCUGCUUCGCGUGGAGCCAGGCUACCCGAGGUCCAUCCUGCGGGACUUCAUGGGCUGCGACGGCCUACCCGCAGACCCCGACUGGGACUGGAACCCCCCGGUGGCGGAGGAACGGCACUAUGACAAUGGCGACGUGGACGUCGUCAUCAAACUGGACAGCGCGGGGGGGACUGAGAAAGCAGUGGCCAUCGCCAUCCCCUGCGUCCUGGCGCUGUGCAUGAUGGUCCUCCUCUACACCGUUUUCCAGUUCAGGAGGAAGAGCACACAGCGCCACAUACUGUACUGCAAGCGCUCCAUGCAGGAGUGGGUCUGAGGGACUGUUACUGUAUAGAGAGGGGUGUGAAGCUCUGAUAAAGGUCUAGUUAUUACUUGAAGCCCUGAGUACAGUAAUUGGGAGCACUGUAAAGGGUACAGUACGUACGGAUUGCCAUGUUGGCAGAUUUUAAGAAAACUGCUUCUCUUAACGCGCAAUCCGCAAGGAAGCGUUAAUGAUCAGCAGAAACUCGACUGAAGACAGUGCGGGGAGCCACAUCUCCUAUGUCCAACUAAUAUGUAUGUAUCUGCUUCGACUUUUUUUCUGUAUCUUGGAAUGAACUCAAUUAAGUGAGACAGAGUUAAGCUACUGUAAGUGGGACCUUUGUCUAUCCUCGUCUCUGCACGCCGCUUAAAAAGCCCCUAGCACCAACUUCAGUGGACAAACUAGAUAUAGGCUUCUACUUUACUUUCAUUUCUUAAUUAAAUCGCUCUGAGCUGUGCUUUUUUAAUUAUUUAUUUUACUUUUUUGUCUUUAUUUAGGGUCCCUGUAAAAGAUUAUUCAUUGUGUGGAGGACUGAUACACAAACCAAAUAUGACCUUUUCUUCCAAAGAGGAUUACCGCUCGAUGUUGUUUUUUUCUGAUGGGAUAUUUUUUCCUCACGCGGAUCGAACAUUGUGGCAUUGUGGCACUCCGAUCUUUGUUUUUUCCGCCAUUGGUAUUCACAACCACCCCGUCUGCUCUGUUAUCGGUGGGGACGGGAAGCAGCCAUUAGCAGAAGUUGGGAAACUUCAAGACUGUGGUGGCAGUCUAUCUCCAAAACGGGGGCCAAAAACCUCUCUGCAAUAUUUAUGAGACUGCCUUAAUCACAGAUUGCUUAAACUCGCCUUCUCUUUUUCUCUCUGUUUCUCCGGUGCGGACGCUGGGUGGUGAGCGACACAGUAUGAAUACAAACAAUGCGCGACAGCAUUAAUUACUGCCCAUAAUGCAAUUUUCAAAACCAGUAAUUAAGGACAGUUUGAUCCACAAAAGGGUUCACUGCUCUCGAAAAUGUGCUAAGUUGUGCUAAAUACCCGAUGGCAAGCAGGCCAUCAGCUUUCAUUUACUGCCUCACCGGAGGGUGUGAGAGAGAAGGGGAAGGUAAGUUGUGUAUGCAUGAACGAGACAGUAAUUACCCACACUAUAUACGUGCUGUACUGUACUGUAGUGUCAGUUAUUGAACAGCUAACAUCCCACUUCCCUUUGUUUUCCUGCCAAGUUUGGACACUAAUAUUCCAAACAGUGUCAGUCCAUACAUUUUUAAGCAGCUUUACUACUCCAUAUCUUGUUUUUUUUUUUUUUUGGGGGGGGGGGGGCACUUUUAUACCAGGUUUUUAAGUUUACAUAUUAUCUCACGUGGCACAGAGAAGGAGGGGAGGAAAGACAGAGGAGGAAAACACAUGCAGUGUUUGUAAAAGAAAAAAACUAAAGUCAUCACUCUAUCUCAAGUUACCACAUUCACCUCGACCUCGUAUCAGUUACCAGUGCUUUUUGCCCAGAUUGCUCCAUCUUCAUGCAAAUAGUUUUCAAGUAAAUUCAAAGUCACAUCUUUGUUUCAAAGAAGAAAAAAAAACUUGUCUAAUGAAUAAUAUAAAUUAAGUCUGAAGACUGGAUUAUAGGAAAAAAAGUUAAACCUGCGUGUCUAAUAAUGGAGCGAGGUUGUUUUACGCACUGUAAUCGUAAUUAUCCAGUAUUCUAAAAAUACUUACACAAUAUUAACAAAUUACUAAUACAUGUUUAUAGAACUACUCUAACAUUUUUUCAAAUUAACAGACAUAUCGGAAAAACCAAAACCCAGCUAAAGUGAGUCUGGUGAUUACUAUUUUGGUCACAUUUUCUAUGAAGCCCAAGUCUAUAAUGCAAAUAGGACAUUAGGAACGUACCUUUAAUGUGUCAUAAUGCAGCUAUAGCACUGAGUAAUCACAUUUGUAAGCACUCUUGAAAAAUCAUAACAAUUAACACAGUGAACCAAAUAAGAAUGCUUCAUCACAGUGACCAGAACACAUUGUAAAAUGUUUUUUAAUUGCUUAUAAGGUCACAUGUCAGUAAUGAGUUUAUAAUUAUACAAUAAGAACUGCUGGUCACUCACUAUUUUUCACAGGGAUCAUAGUGUAUUUAAAAGAUCAUAGUUGUAGUACAGAAUAAUAAAUGUUUUGAUACAUUUGGUACAUGCAAGAACAGAUGAACACAUGAUGAUAUGAUGAUGUACAAUAUAUCCUUACAAGAAGACAGUCAUACAGGAAAAAUUUAAUUAAAAAAACAUUUAUUACAAUUGAACAAUUAAUUUUAGUCAGAUCCCUUCAGCAGUUCAUAUUAUUGAUUACCAGUAUAUAUAUAUAUAUACUGGUAUAGUAUAUAUAUAUAUAUAUAUAUAUAUAAAGAAAAAAAAACAGUUGUGAAACAAAUCCAUUUAGCCAGUCCCAGUCAUCACUAGAGAAUACUUCCUCCCAUCUGAUGUUAUGUUGUGCUACUUUGUAAAGGUUGGUUGCAUUACCUUUUCUAAAAGAAAACGUAUUUGCUAGUAUCAGGCUGGGGAGGUGCACUGGAACACAGGAGGGAAACAGAUCUGGGAACACAGGUGAGCAAGAAGCAUGACGUCAUAACAACAAAAUAAGAUAGAAAACUAAAAACUAAAACACCUGACAGUCAGUGCUUAUAGAUAUGAUUAAGGGGCGCUACAGGUGCAUAAUGACAGAAGUAUGUUCACGGUGCAUUAAAGUGAAUUAUAAACAUGGGCUUCAUAGAAAGUGUUACCAGUGAUCUACUGUAUGAUGUUACAUAUAUAGGACAUCAUAUACAAAGCAUAUAAUGUGUUUCAAUCAGUUUAAUCAGCUAAUUAUGAGAAACAAUUAAAAGAUGUAAAGUAUAUAUAAAAGGCGAUUCUCUCCGAGGUGAGAUGUAUGGAGCUGCACAGAGCAGGAGCUUUCUUUCUAUCCCCCACGUGUUGCAUUAUGGGUGCGGCACACACAGCCUGGUCCCUAAUGAAAUACAUCUCGAUUGCCUUUGGCUGCUGCCAUAUACAUGUAACAGUGUGGCUGUGUGGUGUGGCGUUUCUCAAGAGUUUGCCAGAUGACCCAUCUGUGAGCAUUCAUGCUGAUUUUUUCUUUGUUUUUGUUUUUUUAUAUAUAUAUAUAUAUAUAUGUAUGAAUAUUUGUGCUCCUUGAUUUUGUUACUCUUACUUGAAAAAUGCUCAUCAACAUCAACUUGUACAGGAUAUCGCUCAUAAUUUUCUGUUUAUAUCGAUUUAUACAUUUUUGUUUGUUUGUUUGUUUGUUUUUGCAUAUCGCAGAGGGAAUUAGAGAUUUCAAAAAUGUACUUCUCAAAUCUGCAAAUGAUCUGAAGAGGAGCGAGGUGGGUUUGCGAGGGUUAAUGACUUAAAAACCAACAGGAGGGCAGCGCAUGUUCAGCUGAGACGUCUCACUCCGCUGGAUCGUCCUCUUGCACCGUCCAGUUGUGCACAUUGACAAGUCGACCCUGUCGUGUGAGAGGUGACUGGCCUCCAGUCCAUCCUCCUUGUUCCAACAAUCUCCCGGCGAUGUGUCAGAAUGACUAAAGAAGAUGUUUUGAAGAAGGAAACAUCUGUUGUGCUGAACUGCACAUCAGUGUCGAUCCGCUGUAACAUGAGGUGGAGAGCAAAAAAAACAACAAAAAAACCCCACAUUGGCUCGGUGUCGUGUGUGUGCCGUCUUCUCAGUUUGUGUGUUUGGUGGUGAGGGCCCAGCGAGUGUGAACUAAAGACGGUCAGCGAGGCGAGUCGGUUCCGUGUUUGUUGCCGUGUUUGUUCCUCCUGUGCCCGGCGCCUCAGAUCGUGCUCUGCAUUGUACUUUUUGGGGGGUGGGGGCGAGAAGCUGUCAAUGAAGUGGGUUUGAAACGCAAUGUUUGUUUUCGAGGUAAUCCUCCUCCUUCUGUUGCUGCCUCAGCAGCAAACCAAUCAUCUGGUGUGAAUGUUUCUCCAUCCUUGAGAGGUAAACUCGGAAACGUCACAUAAUUACACUGGCUGUUUUUUGACUCUCGAAUCCCCUUUGACGAGCGACCCGUUUUAGAAGUCUCAGUGCUCUGACCCGUCCCUGUUUUAUCUCUCUCAGUGCUUUUAUUGUCUGCCUUGCAACACGCUGCUAAGCAUUAGUCAUUAAAGGGAAGUAGAUGCGGCAGAUGAGGCAGCAGUCGAUAACGCCAGGGGAGGCGAGGAGACGAGGAGCAUUUGCAAUAAUUGCAAUCGAGAUCUUAUGCACAGAUACGUGCAGUAUGCGCUCGACGGCUUCGUGUAUGAGAAGUAAAAAAAAAAAAAAAAACAUAUUGCGUAUUAUGUACAUAAAGACAGAGUGUAUACUGUCUGCUUGGGAGGAUUUUGUUUUUAAUCCAUCCAUUCCGUGGGUAAAGAAAAUGUGUGUUGUAAAUAAACAUGUGCAUAAA